AUGGAUAUCAAACCCAUUCCCGCCUUCUACUGCUGUUACCUCCUUCGCUCCACCGUGCGACACUCAAGCCUUUACAUCGGUUCCUCACCGGACCCGGCACGUCGCCUCGCUCAGCACAACGGUCGAGUUCAAGGCGGCGCCGUGCGCACGUCUCGCGCCAGCCUUCGUCCCUGGGAAAUGGCCUGUAUCGUCGCCGGGUUUCCCUCCAACAUUGCGGCAUUGCAAUUUGAAUGGGCUUGGCAUAAUGCACACUUGACCCGCCACAUAUCCCCGGAGCAGCGCCUGUCGUUUGCCACCACCCGAACAAAGACUUCUAAGACGGGGAAAGUCACCAAGAGACCCGGGCGACCCAGAACUUCCCUGAUUGAUAAGUUAUCAAAUCUCCAUCUGUUGCUGCGGGCGCCAUACUUUUCCAAAUGGCCGCUUGAGGUCCGCUUCUUUAGUGAAGACGUGUAUCGUUCGUGGUCAACCUGGUGCGGACGUGUCGACACCCAAAUCAGACCGGAACUCAGAGUGCACUUCGAUCCAGCAGAGCCCAGGCCUCAGCCGUCAGAAGACUUGGAAUUCACUUCGGCUCAGCCUCAGCCCAAUCAGAGGAAGAGAAAAGCCGAUUUGAUCGGGAAAGGUGGUGUGGAAGGCGUCGAUCCAACAUACGCCCGACUCAAAGGUGUCUUUGAAAAGAGCCAAUUUCUGCUCGAUGAAGAUGAUGACCACAAGUGUUCGGUAUGCACCGGGCUGAUCGACCUCCGUAAUAGCAUCUUCGUCGUUUGUCACACGCCCGACUGUCAGGCCAUAUCCCAUAUUAGAUGUCUAUCCGAUGACUCUCUAAAGAAGAAUCAGUCAGCUUCGUCAAUCGUUCCAGAAAGUGCAACGUGUCCAAGCUGUCGAAAGAACCAUGCUUGGCUGGAGUUGAUGCAACAGGUCACCCUUCGAAACAGAGGUGGAAAGGAGGUCAAAAAGCUCAUGGGCAAGAAAGCCAAGAGCACGACGACAGCAGUAGCAGAGGUGAUGGAAACUGAAAGCGAAGAGGAAGAGGAAGAUGGCGCCUGGGAAAGUGAAGAAGAAGCACUUACCGCGAAACGAGUAGUUGAUGAAGAGGCUGAGUUGAGCUCUGACGACGGUGAUGAGGAUGAAGACAGGAUGUCCCUUGCGUCCGCAGACUCCUUCACAAGUAUCGCAUCGAGUACAGUACGGUUUAAGCCUCCCGCUCGCUUGGAAGUACCUAGGAAUCUCCCAAUAGUCAUAGAAGAUAGCGAAGAUGAAGGAUGA